AUGCGGCCACAGCCCGUGCCUCUGGUGGUGAGCGUAGAGGAUGUGGCUCCCGGUGGGAAGCCCGCGAUGACGCGGAGAGACCCCCAGCGCGACUGGUCCCAGGGCUUUCCGCCCCCGAAGCCUCGGAAGGGCGGCUUCGACAUGAAAAUCCGAAGCCCCGCCGGCGGGGCCGUGCCGCGAUUGAACUCGCUUCUGGUGCCCGGUGAGGGUUCCAUCAACUCGCCCUACGACGACCCAAACAGUCCGCUGCCUUUCGAGCCCAUCGAAAAGGACCAGCCCACGAAGCCCUGGAAGGUGCUCCGCAGCCACAACGGCAACCUUCCCGUGUACACCCGGUACCACAAAGCAGGGAGCGAGGUGCUCACAGUCGUUCACCAUUUCUUCGGUGACAUCGAAGCGAUGCGCAAGGAGCUGAUGCAGGUUUGUGAAGCUCCUGUGCGGAUUCGUGCGGGUCAUUUCGAAGUGCGUGGCCUUCAUGUUUGGAAGAUCAAGGAGUGGUUGGUGAAGCUUAGCUGCAAGCUGAAUCCGUCACCCGAGCUGAGUACAUCGCUCACUGCCCGCGCUGCUCGGGGGGUCGCGGUGCUCCGUCGGGGAGCCGAUCGCCACCUGGACCGUCUCGAGCAGUGGCUGGAAAGGCGCCGUAAGGCCCGGUGCUACAAAGCGCUGGAUGCGGAGCUCAGGCGUGCAGCGAGAGCUGCCGAAAUCCUGGAUUCAGUAGGAGUCCAAGAAUUCUUGAUCGGCCCGUCCUCGAGGACUGUGGAGAGCUGCGAGUCAUUGUGCUUCGAGGACGAGGAGGUGUUGGGAGCUUUGGUGCGAUACCAGCUCAAGCACUCCUCCACGCUGUCACAGGUGCUGCAGGGCCGCCCAUGGCGCGAGAUCCUACCACGAUGCCUCUGCCAGGUCACUGUGGCCUUUAUGGUAGGGCUUGCUCUGUUCUGCCUGCUCGCCGCCAUGGCUUUCGCGCCGACCCGGAGCCUGGCCUUGGGCCCUGCCGGGGAAGUGGCUGCGCCCCCAGCGGCCGUGGCCGCGGCAGCAGCGGCCGUGACUCUGCGGCCCCUGUGGCAGUUCCCGAUGCUCAGUUUGCAGGAACUGCGCCAGGUAGAGAAUGUGGUCUUCGAGGAGAAUCAGCUGAGGCAUUCCCUCCGCGUGGCGGUGACUUCAAAGAUGUCCGAUGGCAGCGUGCUGCUGCAGUCGACGGACUCGUCGCUACGUGUGGAGAAGAGUGGCCGCGGCUUUUGGCUGCGCGAUGGCCAGGAGGUGCCUCUCGACGACAUGGAAGCGCUCCGCCAGCUUCCAGGUGCGGAUGAGGGCCUCGCCUGGAUGGGCGCGCAGCUCACCACUGAAGUCGUGGCACCGGCUUAG